AUGGGCAAGAAAAUCAAGCCUGCGAAGAAAGCAAAAGCUGCUGAAGGUGCUGCAGCUUCGGAACCAACAACUGCCCCAACUCUGAUUUUUGGAGAGAAACAUACACAUGUCGACCCAGUGCUCGCGUCUUUGUUCGCAAAUAGUGCUGGUCCGGUCACUACGCCGAAGAUUAUUAAACCGCUUAAGGGAGUCAAUAUAGCCACGAGUAAGGAGAAAAAGGCCUUGGCUAAUCGCGAAGUCGAAGAUUCCGAUCGCACGGACGAAGAGCCUGAAGCAACAAGUAGUAAGGUUAAAGAGGUAGCUAUUGAGAAUGACGAAGAAAUGCUGGAUAGUUCAAGUGAGGAAGACAUCGAACACGAGCUAGACAAUCGCGUUAGCUCAAUACCAGCAUUCACGGAACAAACUCGGAAGCGAAAAAGAAAGGAAGCAGAUGAUUCCCUAGAAGAACUAUAUCUGAAGAAAAUCGCAAAAGAAGAAGAGAAGGAGCGGAGGAAUCUAACAGAAGAAAAAAGAGCCAAGCUAAACAAGACGACGAAUGAUGCUGCCAGCGAUGCUCAGAGUGGCAAUUCUAGUUCGAAAGAACAAUAUGAAGAACAGGUACCUCUAAUCCAUGAAUCUGUAGGUGGAGACCCCGGAUUCGCUGCCCUAGAGAAGUCUACGCGCACUGUGUUUUUGGGAAACGUCCCUAGCGAAGUAAUCAAAUCCAAGUCCGCCAAAAAGACACUUCUCACACACCUCUCUUCAUUUUUUCCUUCUCUGCCAACUUCACCUAUGCAACCCAAAAUUGAAUCAAUACGUUUCCGAUCCACAGCAUUUGCCACAGCCAGUGUACCAAAACGAGCCGCUUUCGCGAAAAAGGAGUUGAUGGACUCUACAACCAAAAGCACCAAUGCGUACAUAGUCUACAACACCGCUGCUGCGGCCCAAAAGGCUCUCAGCUUGAAUGGUACGAUCGUCUUGGGCCGCCAUCUGCGCGUUGACAGCAUCUCCCAGCCAGCACCAGUUGAUAACAAGCGGUGCGUCUUUAUUGGCAAUCUAGGAUUUGUUGAUGAAGAACAGAUGGAGUCUGCUACCGAAGACGGCAAAAAACAGCGCAAGCCAAAGCCCCCUGCAGAUGUGGAAGAGGGCCUGUGGCGCAUAUUCAACGAGCACGCAGGCCCCGUUGAAUCGGUGCGAGUCGUGCGAGACCCGUCGACACGUGUCGGUAAGGGGUUCGCUUAUGUACAGUUUCAUGAUCAGAACGGUGUAGAGGCCGCAUUGCUGCUUGACGGCAAAACAUUCCCUCCCAUGCUACCCCGCAAACUACGAGUCAACCGGGCCAAAAGACCGUCAAAGAAGAGAGAUAACAUUUCCAUGAAUGGUAAUCCAGAUAAGACUAAAUUGGGUCAAGGCGAUGGUUUGAAAGGUCGCGGCGCGACCCGACUUCUCGGUCGUGCUGGAGCUGUGCAGGCACGGUCAAUAGGGAGGGCGGAUAAGAGAGGAAAGAUCAGUCCCGUAGUGGUGGACAGGACACCGUUUGUUUUCGAAGGUCAUCGUGCGGUGGAGGGUAGGAAUGGUGGUAGCUUGAAAGCUCGACAGAAAAAGACCCGAGGAAGACCGACAACAAGGAGUGCUAGACGGGCAAAAAUGUAUAAAGAUUCGAACAAGGCCGGGAAAUAA